GUCACAAAAGGUUACACAGAUUCAAAAUUUCCUCAGUCACUCUGUGGGAUAGUUUUAAAAGUUUGAAGAGGGAAUACUAGAUCCAUGGAUGCACUAUACCACCAAACCAACAGAUUGCUUCAGGAGGUGGCAGGUGUAGACUUGGGUCGCAUUGAGAGGCUUGGAGAUGAUCCCAGCAGAGAAGAUGUUGAAAAACAAGUGGAAGCUAAGCUUGAGGAAGUCAACAGCAACUGUGCUCGGCUAGAUAUUUUAGUGAACAAAGAGCCUCCUCAGCGCCGAAGCAGUGCCAAAUACAGAGUUGACCAGCUCAAGUACGACUGUCAACAUAUAAUGAAUUCUCUACGAAUGAUCCAGCAACGCCGGGCAUUGAAACGUCAGCAAGAAGAAGAACGAGCAGAACUUCUGAGCAGGAGCUUCACCACUAAUGACAGCAAUCACACAACCAUUAGUCUUGACUACUCCUUACAGCAUAACAACCGGCUCCAGUCCUCUAACCGGUAUGUGGACGAGAUGUUGAGUGCUGGCAGCAACAUCUUGGAGGGUCUCCGGGACCAAGGCUCAGUCCUCAAAGGAGCUCACAAGCGAGUGCUUGACUUGGCCGCUACUCUAGGCAUGAGCAACACGAUCAUGCGGCUUGUUGAGAGGAGAGGUGCUCAGGAUAAAUAUAUUCUCUUUGGUGGCAUGUUCAUUGUACUUGUCGUUCUCUAUCUGCUCUUGAAAUACUUCUAGCUACCACUUCGUUUCUUGUGGCUUGUUUGCUUCCAGCUAAUAUAUGAGUCAUGUACCCUAUUAAAGAAUGAUAAGCAGGUUUUAUAUAAACUAUUUUAUCGAGAAGCUAGAGAGAAACGGUGAAUUUGUGGUUCUAAUUGACAUCUGGUGUGAAUAUGCUUCACACUAACCUCAGAUGGUGUCAUGACACGCAUACCUUUUCUAUUCAGUAUAGUUAAGUGGAAAUUUAAAAAAGUAAUAUUUCAAUAAAUCGGAAUCUGAAAUGAAGUAUUGUGCCCAAGUCUUACACACUUUGGAUACUUCAUCUCCAUUGAAUUAAUUAUUAGUUUCAUAUUUCUUCCAUUCAUUACAUAUUUUGCCUCUUGAGGAAGCUUAGAAUUUAUUAGGAAAUUUAGUUGAACGUUCGAAUGCUUUCCAAAUUGGUUAAAUGCAAAACACGUUCUAGUUGAGACUUAAUCCGUGUCAUAGCUAGAGACAAAUUAAAAUAUUAAUUCCCUUGCACAUCUCCUGCAGGGGAGCAAUACAAGUAGAAACUGGGUACCGGUAGUCAUGUUAUUUCAAAUAGAUUAUUGCUAAUCUUAACAGUGAUAUUUACUUCACAAAAGUUAUGAAUUAAAUUAUUAUUUCCGUACUAUUCUUUCCAUUGUUUUCUCCAGAUAACAUUUUGUGAGAAUUUAUUUGCAUUGAAUUUCUUGCCAUGUGUUGAAGGAAUAUAAAUCCUUGCCUUUGAGUAUUUUAUGGGACAUUUUGUUGUUAUUUGUAUUGCCUUUUGCUGUAGCAUCUUGUAAUCAGAGAUCAGAGUUUGGUUAUCACUUAUUUUGAGGUAACUUCCCUAGGAUUCGCAGGUCUUGUGUACUCUUUAUUUUGUUACGUAGAUACUCCUAUCUUUAUAUAAUAUGCGUGCCCUUUUUACUCAAAUCAGGUAACAAUGCCUUAACGUUUACUGGGUUGUGUUUCACGUCCUCGAGUAUACACAUUCCAGUGGCAAUGUAAAACUCUGUCUGUAUUAAGGUGACGUUGGUAUCAGUAGAGCGAUCGGUUUCAUGGCUGAUGUAGUUUUGUGUUUAUUUAGCGGAGGCUUCAGUAUAAUGCUACGUUUUUUGCAGUAUUUUUCUUCAUUGAAUGGCAUAAACAAAUACGUAUCUUGACCACUGAUUGGCGGUUGAUGAAUUUUUGAAUUUUUAUUUCUUAGAUUAUUGCCUUUCAUGAAGUCUUGGGAACCUAACGCUGUUGUGCAAAUUUGCUUUUAUAUUGCUCUCUAAUUUGAUCAUUAGAUGCCAAUUGCAGAUCUAUGCUACUGAUGUCGUGAAGCGCUCAUCUUUCGUUCAAAGCUCUGGCCCAAUUUUUCGCUGAGAAUAUUUCAUUUUCACUAUAAUUUCCAAUAUUCGGUCGCGAGAAACUCAACUGUUCGAUACGUUAACUUGUCAUGGCUUUACUGUAUGGAGUUGACAUUAAGGUACGAGAUUAGCGCAUCGCGUUUAGUACGGAAACCUAACUGUAGUAUAUGAAUCACGGAAAGUUUUGACUUGCGAAGCAAGAGAAUCCAUUUCGAGUAAGGCGACAAGUUGCUACUAAAGAUAUUUCACCAUAAGUAUAUUGUGCAGAAAGUGACCGUAAUUGAACUUAAAGGGUAUUUUGUUGAUAAAAAUAUAUAAUUUCAGUGUUCAAUUUUUU